AUGGCAAGAGACUCCAUCGAUGUAGUAACGACAGAAGAACCUACAACACCGCCGUCCAGUGCAGGCACCUGGCUGUCGAACGACGCAGACUGGGUAGUCGAAGCGUCGGGCGAUACUUACGUGGACGCGCAGGGCGUGGCGUUCGGGCCGGACAGGGUCCUGGACGGCAACACAACCACGUACUGGAACCCGCAAGGUGUGAGCGACAACUGGUACAUCAUCUUCGACCUGGGGAUACCGUACACCCUGUCUAAACUCCGCGUCCAGAGCAGCGGAGACUUCACUCACGACGUGAAACAGUUCACGCUGCAGGGGUCGAGCGGAUCGGACCCGUACGCCUGGACGGACGCUCUGGCCGUCGACGUUGGACGUUCCAACGAGCGGCAGGAGUUCGGAGGCUUCUCGGCGACAGCGAGGUACUGGAGACUGUUGAUCACGGAGACACAGACGGGCUGGCAGCCUUGGGUGGCAGCCGUGCAGUUCCGUGGAAUCCUGGCUGUGCACAGACUAUCCUUUGACGUUAGUGACCCCGUGAGUGCAGCUAGUUCCGACAGCGUGACAGUACUGAUCUACUCCUCCGUCUGUGGCGGCUGGUGUGUGUCUACAAGCGUGCCGGGACAGUUCGUUAGCGGACAGACCCGAGUCCACUAUUUUCAGGGCGCCGACUUCUGCCGUGCGGAGAUGAUUCAACUGAAGAUUGAGGGUAACGACAGUGUGGCGUUAGACCAGGUACAAAGCCAUUAG